UAGAAGCCUUCUCAACACUAUCGUAUUUCUUUCUUCUCAUCCAAAAUUUAGGGUUUGUGAUUUAGGGGUUUAGGGGUGCGGGAUUCCUCUUUUCUGUAAGUCUGCUAACAGAUUUGAAGAUGGGAAAAGCGAAGAAAACCCCCAAGUUUGCUGUGAUGAAGAAAAUCGUCACCCAUAAAGCAAUUAAACAAUAUAAAGAGGAGGUCUUGAACCCUAACAAGAAAGACUUGAGCAAGGAGAAACUUCCGAGAAAUGUUCCGCAAGUUUCUUCUGCGCUUUACUUCAAGUACAACACUGCAUUGGGGCCACCAUACCGGGUUUUGGUCGAUACUAAUUUCAUUAAUUUCUCCAUCCAAAACAAAUUGGAUUUGGAGAAAGGAAUGAUGGACUGCUUAUAUGCAAAAUGCACUCCUUGCAUCACAGACUGCGUUAUGGCUGAGCUUGAGAAGUUGGGGCAGAAAUACCGAGUUGCUCUAAGAAUUGCCAAGGAUCCUCGAUUUGAAAGGCUUCCCUGUACUCACAAAGGAACUUAUGCUGAUGAUUGCCUGGUUGAUAGGGUGACACAGCACAAGUGCUACAUUGUUGCAACCUGUGAUCGAGAUUUGAAGCGAAGAAUCCGCAAGAUCCCUGGAGUACCAAUCAUGUAUAUUACUCAGCACAAGUAUUCCAUUGAACGGCUGCCUGAGGCUACCAUUGGCGGAGCUCCUAGAAUGUGAUGCUUAAAGGUACAUAUGAGUAAGUCUCCAGUAACCCUUGGGAUCUUGACCAGUAGCCUGGAAGCUUUGGCCUUAAGCUUAUGCUUAAAGCAAAACUCUGUUCAGACAUGCAUAGCCAUCUUUCCCAACGAUAACUAACUCAUGUAGCUAAUGGACCCAGGUUUCUCCUUGUGCUUUAAUUAAUGUGCAAAUUGUCUGAGCUUGCCUUGCCACUGAAUGCACAGAAGGAGGUUAAAGCAUGGAAACAAGGAGGGACUUGAAGGUCGCUUUUCAUUACCAUAAUACUACAAUAGUCUGCUUUGAGUCUUUGCUAAAAGAUGAUUAGAAUACACUUUCAUGAAAUCUAGUCUUUUUGUACUGCAAUCGAGCUGUAAAGCAGUGGUUGAUAUUCUGAUUGGUCAAUUCUCUUCUAUUGCGAUUACC